AUGGUCAUAUGUUCAAAAUGCGUUCUAUUCCAGGCAAAAUUGAAUCCUUCAAAAAAAUCCUUCUUAGAGAUCCUACUUGCUUCACAGCAAGGUUUAUCUCGUUUGGAAAUCGCAGAUUCCAGUUCCAAGUGUGGCAAAGAAAAUUGUCGCCUCGGCGAAGUUAUUUGGGAUGUUGCAUGUCGCCAAAUUGGAGAUAAAUGUGGAAUUAAUAUGAUAUUCAAUUUAAAUAGUGAAAUUCUCAAAGAAAAAUCAUGCGUUAUACGCUGUGAAUGUGAACGAGAAUUUAUCGAAAAAGGUGGCCAAUGUGUAAGGGCUUUGAUCUUUAAGAGGAAAACGACAUCUGAGAGAACAACGACAGAUUUUAUAUCACCCGAGUAA